GCUGGCAGGUCUAUACAAACAGAGAUAUGGGGUUGACCACGAAGCUGUGUUGUCGCUGUAAACAACCUCAGCAUUUUCACUUUACUUACUGCUCAGGUACACCAAGGACUCAGAAUAAAAGUGCUGUUUAGAUGUAGGAGAAUCUUAAUGUCAGCAAUAUGGGGCAUCAGGUGAUAAUAUUCGACUUUUCCGCCAUAAGAGGUUUGUGGGAGAUUCGGGUUAAGAAGCAUAAAGAACGGCAAAAAAAGGAGAAGGAAAGAGAAGCCAAAAGUGCAUUAGAGAAGAUAAGGCAAGAAUGGGACAUUAUGCUAGAAUGCAGAAGAAAAGGCAUUCCACAAGCUGCAUAUCUGAAUAAUGGUUUCAUAGAUACUAACAGAAUUUUGGAUACUCUUGAAAAGAACUCACCCCUCGUUAAGAAGAUUGCCUUGUUGAAUGAAACAGAGAACAAAAGAAACAAGUUUAUUUUUCAACUCUCAGGGGAACAGUGGACAGAAUUCCCAGAUUCCCUGAAAGAACAAACACAUCUAAAAGAAUGGCAUAUAAACAAUACCAUGAUUGCAACCAUUCCAGACUACAUUGCCUUAUUUCAGGAACUGAGAAUACUAGAGUUAUCCAGUAACCAGAUCACAGAUCUUCCAGUUGAAAUUGGUUGUUUAAAGAAACUGAAGGAGCUGAAUGUGAGCUUCAAUCGCUUGAAGAGUAUUCCACCAGAACUGGGAGACUGUGAAAAUCUGGAAAAGCUGGAUUUAUCUGGAAAUCUAGAACUAGCAGAACUCCCAUUUGAACUAAGUAACUUGAAACAAGUGAAGUUUGUAGAUAUAUCAGCAAACAAAUUUGCCUCAAUUCCGAUAUGUGUGCUCCGGAUGUCAAAUUUGCAGUGGCUGGAUUUGAGCAGCAAUAACCUCAGAGAUCUCCCACAAGACAUAGACAGGCUAGAAGAAUUGGAAACUCUUCUCCUGCAGAAAAAUAAGCUGACUUACCUUCCACAUGCUUUGGUCAACAUGCUAAAACUUAGUUUACUGGUUGUGAGUGGUGAUAGUUUGGUUCAGAUGCCCACAGCUAUCUGUGAUUCAACCAGUGGUUUAAAAUUUAUAAGCCUCAAGGAUAACCCUCUUGAAAUAACCUCAUUUCAAGAGAUUGAAGAAAUAACAGAAAGUGACCGUGAUCGUGAGCUGUUUGAAAAGGAAUUUAUGAAAGUCUACAUUGCAGACCUAAAAGAAAGAGAGACUGUUCCUUGCUAUACAACAAAAGUUUCACUUAGUGUUCAGAUAUGAGAAGUGGAAUUCAUAUGUCACUAGAGAUCUGACAAAUUAAUUUUGAUGAAACUACUGGGAAAACAUCAUCGCAAUGUGGAAAAAAAACUUCAAAAAGAAAUGAAGAAAGGCUCUCAAUAUCUGUGAUAUGCAUAAUACAUAAUAGUAGUUUCCAGUAACCAGGCUGUCAUGUGGGGUCUGCAAUCAUCAUGUGAACCAUGGCUGCUUCUAUCUUUACAAAUGAUUUCUUGGAUGAAAAUAGUAGAAGAGUUUAGGCAUGUGAUAUAUUCCAAUAUCUUUAGACCAAACAAUAGGAAUUGGGAUUACUUAAAUUCUUAAUGACCUGUAUCCAGCCAUCCUGUUGCCGUUUUGCCAAGCCAGUGUUACUGAAUCGUCCGAGGAGAGGUAAUUUCCUCUGAUCGCAAAGUUUCAGUUCAGAGGAAAUUCCCUAUCCCUGAAUGAUUCAGUGACUCUGGAGCCAACAAUUCCCUGACAUUUAGGAAGCACACCAGGCUUUCACACAUACACACUUCCUCAAUGUUUCAGCAGCGAUUUAUCAGCCCUUACCCCACAGUAAGUGCUGGUCUGAUAAUCUUCAUUGUGUCUUGUACAACCACUUGCACAGCAGUGUCAUCCACCACAAUUACAGUAACUGGGAUAUUUACUCUGUGAAUCCUAUGAUGAAAAUAGGCUUACUUUUGUAGUUGCUAUUGGUGUACAUGGCCAGCAUCUUGUUAGGAACAGAGAUGAACUUUAUGUGUGUAAAUGUUUGGUUUUUGAAUAGGGUAAAAGGUGCUAUUCUCUAGCAUCUUGUUCUCUGUCCAAAUCAGUCCACAGCCAAGCCCUGUAGAGUCACUGCUGGGAGGAGAGGAUGGAAAGAGGGACAGAGGUGAUGGUAGGUGGGGAUGGUACCCAUUAUCCCCAUACAAUUUGAGAGAGAGAGAGAGAGAGAGAGAGAGAGAGAGAGAGAGAGAGAGAACAUUUCAGAGAAACAACCUUACCCACAAACUGCAGGGGGAUGAGGUGCAGUUGCAGCUGUUCAGUUGCCCUUCCCACACCCACAGCCAUUUAAUGACUGGAGCAGCAGCCCCAUGGGGCUUUGUUGCUGUCUGGGUGGGAUAUUUUGUAGGCAGGCAUGAGACUUCCUUGCUUGCCAUCUAGGAUUCCAGCCUUGCUAGAACCCAUAUAUAAUCUACAGUGUAAUCAUAUUGCUGUUCAUUAAGUAGUAAAUCGUGCUGUAGUCAUGGAGUUUAUUUCAAGAUAAGCCUAAAGCUGUUUUCCAAAUGGGGGGCUUGCAGAGGCAUUUGGACUGCAAUUCCAUUUCUAACUUUCCUGAGUAUAUAAAACCAAAAUAUAUGACAUCCACAAAACAGCUGUUCCUGUUCCCCAGCUGAUCACUGUUUGGAGUAGCAGGAUUGGCAUUGGCUUCCAUAUCAAAUCAGUGGCUAGGGUGCUUGAACCCAUGUGAUAAGUAGUACUGAUUCCAACAAGGACUUUCCUCCUUUCUAUUUCCUUUUUAGCGUUACAGUCACCAGGGGAAUUUUUUGUCUGAAAGCAGCCUUGGCUAAUGGCAAAUUUACUGUAAUUGUUUCUUAGAAGAUCUCUUAGACUGAACUUGUUUAUUCUGGCCUGCUAUUGGAGAAUGUAUUGCAAAAAACAUUUCUUAAGAACAAUAGCUAAGAUUGUUAACCAACUAGAGCAAAUUGGCUUAGCAGAUUGCUACCUGAACAAAAUCUGCAUUUCACAGUAAUUUGAGUGACAGAAGUCAACUAAUACAGCUUUUAAGGCAAAGAGAUAAGUGUUGUUACAAAGUGUGCAUAUCAAGCAAAGCUUGAAAAACUUAUUUUAAAAGGAAUAAUUGUAAUGAAAUGUAAAACCAUCCACAACUGAGCAGCAUUAGGAUGCUGCUGUAGCUCCUAUGAGAGAGAAUGGUGUCAACUAAAAAGCUGACAGCCCUAAACACUACUGUGGGUGAGGAGUUUUUUUCUGCAAAACAGACUUAUAAUUACAAUUUGAAGAAAUGUAACUGACUUUUAGGAGAGAAAAGAGCUCAGGAAAUAUGUUUCAGUUCUCAAAAGCUAUAGCUAUAUUUUAUAACUAAGCACUUUCAUUGGUCUUGAUAAAUGAAUCAAUGGGGUUUGGUAGAAAAUGUUUUUAUUUUUAUUUUAUGCAGAUGUUGUAGCAUAAGCUCACUUUUAUUUUUGAAAAUGUAUUUUUAUUGAUUCUAUCUGUGUUAGUAUAUGUUUGACUUCUAAAAGGAUUGUGUUAUGGAUAGUAUUUUUUUUUCAU